GGACUUGUUGAUGUACUACGCGGAACGGGCCUCUCUUGGAGUCAGAGGAGAAAUCAUUAUGAACUUCUGCGGGGCUUUGCAUGCAAAUUAUUUGCCAAACCCUUAUCACAAUUUCUACCACGCCCUCAACGUGGUCCAGGUGCUUUGUUUGCUGCUGGCGCUGCCCGACGUGGGGGCCCGCUUUACUCCUACAGAUUAUUUUGUUCUUUCUGUUGCUGCACUUGGCCACGACUUGGGCCACCCAGGGUUUAACAAUCUUUUCAUGCAGCGCAACCAGUGGGUGCCGCACAUGGACGUGUUUGCGGGUUUGUCGGACUCGGAGUUGCCCGCAGUUCGCGAGCGAAUUAUAAACGCCAUUAUGUGGACUGACAUGGCCAAGCACUUCGACAUG